AUGCGGAAUUUCGUCAAGGCCACAGGGGCCUCCAUCUUGAACAAGCCUUCCGCCAGGUCGCCCUUCGCUCGGAGCUGCUUGUCACCGUCGCGCGCCGAGCCGCCAUCGCGACUCUUUGCAACUUGCCCGGCUUGUCUGAAGAAUAGCGCAUCAGAGUCCGUUGCUACGGGGCUCUCCACUAGCUUCUUCAACCCCCCUAGCCACAGAGCUUCCUUCCCCGGCGGCGAAUUUUUCAGCGCCCCCUCACUAGCAAGCGGCAGGCGCCUUCCUCUUAGCGUUUCCUCGCCGCUCAGCUCUGAAAAGCAGAGUGAGAGAGGAAGGCGAAAAGCGUCCCGCCGAUGUGCCGCGUGCGCAUCCAGUGGCCGUGAGGCUGCUGUCUCUGGCUUCUCACGUUCGGCGCUCGAGACGAAGGGCGCAGGCAGCACCCUUAGGCAAACCUCUACAGGCCACUGCCGGUUUUUUGCGACUACCUCUGCGACGACGAGCAAAGACACGGACAAGUCUGAGCCCAGGGCGAUCCUCACGCCCAAACUAGUUCUACAGAGAGACCCGCGACGUGCACGACGCUUCCCCCAAACUCUUGUUGAGGGUCAGUACGCUGUCCUCCCUGCUCAGCCGAUUCCUGACUCGAUUCCUCGCCCACCGUACGCCAGGCGGUUCAACGCGAGCGCAGCAAGCCACCUGGACGCGGCGGACGAGCCUGGAGAGAUUCAGACCCCUGAGGCGCUGGCGAAGAUCCGCGCGGCCGCUACCGUCGCAGCGAAUGCACUGAAACUCGGCCUCGAAGCUGCCAAAGAAGGCGUAACGACGGAGGACCUCGAUAAGAUCGUGCAUGAGUACAUUGUCAGUGUGGGGGCCUACCCCGCGGCGGUGAACUUCCACAACUUCCCAAAGGCGGUCUGCGCGUCUGUCAACGAAGCGGUCUGCCACGGGAUUCCGGAUCUGCGUCCUCUACAAGAUGGCGACAUCGUCACGUUGGACUGCACUGCCUACGUCGACGGAUUUUUCGGCGACUGCGCGGGCACUGCCAUGGUCGGCAAUGUGAGCCCGGUCCACCGCGACCUGGUCGAGACGACAAAGGAGUGCCUUAAUGAAGCGAUCGAGUUCAUCAAACCCGGCGUGCCCAUCAAGGAGGUUGGCCGCAUCGUGUCGCAACACGCAAAGCAGAAGGGUUUUUCCGUAGUCCUCGAGUUCUGCGGCCACUUCAUCGGAAGAAAAAUGCAUCUUCCCCCGCUGAUUUCCCACGUCUACCCGAACGACACGGAGGGCAUUUUCCGCGUCGGUCAGACUUUCACCAUCGAGCCGAUCCUCUGUGAGGGUUCCCCUGCCCUCUACACGUGGAAGGACGGAUGGACCAUCGUGACUCAAGACUGCAGCCGCGCAGCGCAGUUCGAACACACAAUUCUCAUGACACCAGAAGGUGCCGAGAUAUUAACGAAGCCAACAAUUUGA